AUGGAACCAGAGCCGUCCCCUACCGCUCUCCUCAAGGCUAUCACAGCCCUCACAGCCACAGUUGGGUCCCUGCAGGACCAAAUCCGCGCCCAAAGCCAACAAAUCACUGAGCUUAGGGCCAUAUGCAAGGAAACAGCGGACCUCCUCGGGGAUAAGGAUCAAGGAGUCCCCCAAACUAAGCCUGGCCCAUCAACUGGGCCUGUCACUCCCCCUACCCACACAGGGGGAGAAGCCCACACUCCAGGCACGGUUAGGCCUGGGCUCAAGGCCCCAUUCAGGCCAUCAAGAGGAACGGGAUUUGAUUCCGAAGAAGACAAAGAGCCAAGGCGCCCAAAAAAGGAGCCUCAGGGAACGCCUAGAAGGCACCUUGGGUCCCUCACCCCCUUUGAUGCUGGGUCCAGCGUAAAGAGACCCAAGAUGGACCUCCCCGACCCGGACCAGUUUGACAAAGAAGAGCAGAUGGUCGUGUGGAUCCUUUACCACAUGACAGACAAGGCAGCUGACUGGGCGCUCCCCCUGAUCGGGGCUAUUAUCAAAGGCAAGGGCAACCCUCCUACCACUAUCACGGCUUUAACAGCCAAAUUUAAGGAAGCCUUUGCCAACCCCGAUGCCAAGCGGGCCGCUGCCAGGAAAAUAGCCACCCUGGUCCAAACCUCUACCACCUCCAAGUACGUUACGGAGUUCCGCAACCUCAUCGCAGAACUAGACUGGAACGAGGAGGCCUAUAUUGCACAAUUUACGCAAGGCCUCCACUGGAAAGUCAAGGAACUGUUGUCCACCAAGGAUAGCAUCCCUGACAAACUCAAAGCCAUCUUUGCGGCGGCAAUUAAAAUUGAUAACAUCCGCCGCAAGAAUGAGGAAAACCGCCCCAAAAAGGCACCCGCCAAGUCCCCGGCCACCGUGGCCACUACUUCCACCACUACCACCCAACGGGUCCGCCUCUCAGAGGACCCCAAUUACGUCACCCCCGAGGAGAGGGACCGCCGCCGCGCAUCUGGGCUAUCCGUGAAAUGCGGACAAAAGGGUCACGGCAUCAAGCAGUGCCCCAACGGGUGGAAAGCCACAGUCAAGGAGGUGGCUAAGGUUGCUGAGGAUGUAGAGUCGGGAAAAGAUUGA